AUGGGAAUUUUUAAUGAAAUCGAAUGUAAACAUGUUAAAGAACUGCCAUUCGAUAUUGACGGCUUCUGUCAUUUUCAACUUGAAUGUGAUCCAUCGAAUAUUAUGAAAUCUAGUAAAGAUGGUCGACGUUGGAAAACGUGGUGUACGUCUAAAAGAAAAGAACAUCGCGGAGUGAGGAGAAGAGCAAGGUGUGGGGGAUCAUGGAAAUGUCCCAACGAAGAUUGUUUGUUUCUAAGGAAAAAAGGCUCACCCAACGAUGUCCAGUUUACGAACAAUGGGACCGGGAAAAAGUGUUUUAUCUGCGAAGAAGAGGCUAUUUUUGUGGAGUGCAAAGCUAUAAAAGUUUGGGAGUUUAGUUCAGACAAGAAUCUCGUUGACAUUUACCAUAGUGGAAUGCAUACUUGCCAUGCGAUUCCAAAUCGGCGAAAUGUACAUGUAGAGCAAAAGCUAAAAGUUGAUUUCACGAAGCAUUCUUCAUUGAAACCCUCGGAAGCUGUUGCUAACACACUGGUGUGUGCAUUAAAGGAAGGCAAUACAUGGGAAGAAAUUGACGCGUUGGCCGAAAGUCUGGCGGACUCCCGUCGCGUACAAGACACAAAAGCGAAAGCAACGAAAUCGUUAGAGAGUCACGGGCACUCUUUUGAUGCGCUUUGUGAAUUUAAGAAGUUUUGUGACGAGAGAGAUCCUUAUCUAUUGUAUCGUUUUAACGACGAGCGACAAAAUGGUAACAAUACGUUUGUCUUCAAAUGUUCCAGAUUUCAAGCAAACCUUGCGAUGAGUAUGGAUUGUGAAAAGACUGGCCUUUUGCAUGACCAGUAUUGCUAUGCUGAUGCCACACACAAACGUUGUCCCGGGUUUAAGACCAUAACCCUCUGGGUAUAUCACCCUUUACUUCGAAAAUUGGUAAAGCUCGCUACAAUGGAAAGUACAACUGUAGAUACUGAAGCCAUGGUACAGUUUUGGUCUCUAUUUAACGAGGUACAGUAUAAGAUCCUUAUGUCAUUGACAACUAGGUCCAGGCUAUUACAUUUCACUUAUUUAUUUCAGGUGUUACAGGAUGUAUCUGGUGACAAGACGUAUGUUUUUAAUCCUGCUGGAUGGGUCUUAGACGAAGCCGGAGCUGAGUGGAAUGCUAUCAGAAUUGUAUUUGGAGAGGAUGCUAUGGCUAAAGUUGUAUCGUGCGAAUUUCAUUACAAACAAUCGGUUGGUCGUAAAAGUGGGAAGUUGGAUGAUAAGCACAAGGCAGAAUUUGAAGCUCUCGCGUGGGCGUUAAUGGAAGCAAACACGGUGAGCGUUUUUGAGAAAAAACGAGCGGAUUUGAAUCGCUUUAUUAAAAAUAAUGCUGCUUACUCCAGUGUACUCAACUCUUGGGUUGAAUGGUGGAACAAUAGGAAAACUCACAUUUUUCGAGCUUUUAAAACCACAAUGAAAACGCUGAAUAUGAACAUGGCAGAAACUGGUCACUCGACAUGGGUUAAAUCAGGUGCAAUUCAUCUCACUUUGGUAGACGCAGCGAGACAUGAUGUUGGAGAGAACGUUCGUCUGGAGAAGACGGUUCAAGGUUUCAUGGAAGGGAGUCUUCGUUCUUCGGGAAAAGGUCCUAGCAUUAAAGGAACGGAAAAAAAGGAACGGAAAAAAAGGGACGUGAAAGUCAGAUAAAGAGAGUGAGGGAAUUCGGCGAAGAAGUGUUAGACGAAGAUUUUGAAGGUGAUCCGUACUCUGUCAAUGAUGCUUAUAGUGUAGUAGAUCCAAAGGCAACACAUAGCCCAACUAAACGGGGGAAAAAGUCCAAAAGUUCGGGUAAAGGGAAGCAAAAGGCAUCAUCUAAAACGUGGACGAAGCAAGAAUUGAAAACCAUCAAGAGCGCUAAGUCAGAAGCCAGCGAAAUGUCAAUAACGAGAACAGUUAAAAUAGCCAGUGAUCAUGCAAAGUUUAGCGUUACACACGGAAAGAAUACUUACGAUGUUGACAUUUGCCACACUCCUUCCUGUUCCUGUCCAGACAAUCGUCCUCGUCCUUGCAAGCACAUCUUGUGGGUAUAUUUUUAUGUCUUAAAUAUAAAGGAAGACAAUUCAUUGUUACGUGAGAAGAGACUUACAAAGGACGUGCUGCAAUCAAUUUUGUCAAAGAUGGCGGUUCAAGAGAGUUCUGGCAUCACCAUUUCCUCUAACGAUAACCAGAGCCUACACCUAAACCAGGAAUCAGAAUCACAGCAGACAUCAAAUCGCGAGACAGUGCACAGUAGUCCACUAUUUUCGUCUUCUUCAACAUCACAUAUCUCAUUGCAAACCGGUUCGGAAGAAACCAUACCUGUAUAUCACCACCCUGCACAGAGAUCAACGAAUUACGAAAACGUGCACCCUCGUCCACUAUUUUCCUCUCCGCCAUCUCGUACCUCAAUGCAGACAGUCUUACAAGAAACCAUAUAUCAUCACCCACAACCAUCAACGAGUUAUGAGAGCAUGCAUGCUAGUCCACUAACUUCAUAUCCUUCAACAUCACCAACUGCCUCAAUUCCACUUCCUCGACCUUUAGUAGUUAGUCAAGGUAUUUACAUGUUAUCACUUCUUGGCUGCUGUCAUCCAAGCGUCUCGGUGUGCUAUGGCUGCCCAAAUCCUCUUCAAGUAAACGGCUACAAAACACCACCACCAUAUGAUCUUGUGAUAGUUACUAAAAUGAGACGAGAGUUUCCUCACAAUGGAACAAAGUGGAGCAAGUUGGGAAACGUCUAUUUUCACGCCAACUUUCAGUGCUUACGUUCUCGUCUUCCGUUCUUCUCUUCAGAGAUGGUGCAACUACAGCCUGGCAUUGCUUCAUACCUUCAGCCUAUUCACAAGCAAGCUCUUGCACAUAAUUUAGGAUUGCGUUUGUAG